AUGCAUCAUAGAUAAGCGAUAAACGAUCUGGGCUAGUAAUUUGUUAUCAGCUGUAUAGUUUGCAAAAAGUAAUAUUAGGACUUGUAAGUGUUUACAUAGAAUAGUGUACUAUGCAAAUUGAAUUGUAAACAAUUAUUAUCGUCUAUUCUUUUUGAUAAGGUGUUUUUUUUACAUUGGUUAUCAUUGAAAUUGGAAUGGGCUACAGUGGUACGUUUAACAUGGCGUAAAACUUUGUAAUUUAUUCAAUUGUUUAGGUGAUUUAAACAAGUAAUAUUAAUAAGCUUUGUUAGUAUUUUAUUCAAAAACGGUAAUUUAUCUUUAAUCAAAUGUCGGGAUCGGAAAAUAAGGUGGAAAGGACACGAUGUUUUUUCGAUGUGUCCAUCGGCGGCUUACAAUCGGGUCGUAUUAUCUUUGAACUGUUUAACGAUGUUGUGCCUCGUACCUGUGAAAAUUUCAGAUGUCUAUGUACUGGUGAAAAAGGUGAAGGAGAGAAUACUAAAAAGCCAUUACAUUUUAAGGAUAGUAUAUUUCAUCGUGUUGUAAAAGACUUUAUCAUACAAGGAGGUGACUUUUCUAAUGGAAAUGGAACUGGUGGUGAAAGUAUUUAUGGGGGCACUUUUGAAGAUGAAAACUUUACUCACUGUCAUGAUCGACCUUUUUUGUUAUCAAUGGCUAACCGAGGAAAAGACACAAAUGGCUCACAGUUUUUUAUUACUACGCAACCGGCCCCCCAUCUCGACAAUGUCCAUGUGGUGUUUGGUCAUGUGGUUAGUGGAGUAGAUGUGGUUCGUCAGAUUGAAGCUCUACCGGUGGACGCCAAUAGUCGCCCAUUGCAGGAUGCCAAAAUAACGAGAUGUGGAGAAUUAGUGCGACAGGCGAAAGCAAAAAAGGAGAAAAAGAAAAAGGUAAGUAGUGAAGAGGAAGAAGAGGAGGAGGAUUCAGAUAAAGAGAAGAAAAAAGCGAAAAAGGCUGCAAAGAAAGACAAAAGGAAGGAAAAGAAAGAGAAGAGAAGAGGAAAAAGUGAUGAUUGUAGUAAGAAGGAAACAAACGACGAUGAACAGGAAGAAGGUGAAGUUAGAGAAGACGAACUUCAUCCUCUUGCAAUAGUAAGCAAUAUAGAUCCAGAAGAAAUCCCUGAUGUGCCAGUGAAUAAAUUUCUUUUAAGAGGAGGACCCCCAAAAGAACAUUCCAAAAAAGACGGAAAAUAUAGAGAUGACCGAAUUGAGAGAAACAGAAAUCGAGAUGAUAGAAACAAUUGGGGUCGUAGAGGCUAUCGACGCGAUAGGCCAGCUACCACCAAAAGUGGUAGAAUAAUUAAGGGUAGAGGUGUUUUUCGCUUUCGUACGCCUUCGCGCAGUAGAUCGCGUAGUAUGACUCCAGUUCAUUGGAAACAAGAAGAAUCGCGGGUCAUAAAACUUUCCGAUUACGAAAAGGUCGAGCACGAACGCAAAUUGAAACAAGAUAUCAAUACACAAUUACGCGAAGAACACCAACAUUUCGAUCAAUCGCCCGAUCAUCGCGCUAAAAAUGGCCGUGAAAAAGAAGUCGAUUAUAAUGCGCUCGAUUACGAACAAGAAAAUCAAUCGGAAGAUGACGUACCAAAACGUCAGGUACCUAGUCUUGUCCAAUAUCCUUUGCCGAACAGUUUCCGGCCUUUAAAUGUUGAGAAAGAAAACGUGGAAGCCAAUCAGAUUAUCGAGAAAAAUGAUCAGUCGGAUAAACCUGUUGGUGAGGAACUUGUUCUCAAUAACAAGUCUGAUGUCCUUGCCAAAGCUCUAGGCGUACAAAUAAAAACAGGCGAAGAUCCUCCUACGGGAGAAAUAAAAAUAAGUGGUUAUGAUAGGAAGUCAAAUAAUAAGAAGAAAUCGAAUUUUGAAAAAAGCUUUGGUGGUGAAUACCAUGGUGGAAUGACCAAUGUACCAGGGAUUACACCAAUAGUGAAACAGCCGUCGGUUGUAAACAGAAUAGAAGCAAAGUUCGACGAAGAGAAACCUGAAGGUGAGAAGCGAAGUGGUCGAAAUAAGUUUGAAGUAGAGAAACCAAUCAUGAGAAGCGCUGCACAAGACAUGGGGUAUAGACACCCAACGGGUUGGAGAAGAGGAGGAGGGGGGAUGAGGGGAAGACGUAUGAAUGACAGGUUUGAUCGACGUAGGCCUCCGAGAUUCUUUCGAUCUCGAAGAUCCAGAUCACACGGCAGAUCCAAAUCCCGCAGUAAAAGUCCUGACAAUCGCCGUCACAGGUCGCGAAGUCCUAACAACCGCAGUCGUUCAAAAGAACGUUCGCACGCUCAAAAACGUAACCGAAGUCCAGAAGCUAUCAGCAGAGAUAGAAAGGAUAAAAGUAAGGAACGUAGAAGCAGGAGUAAAGAUAAGAAAGGGGACAGGAGCAGGGAAAGGAGAAACAAAAGUAGAGACAAAGGUGGCAGAAGCACUAAUAGAAGGGACAGAAGUGUAGAGAAAAAGGAUAGAAGUGCAGAUAGGAAGGAUAAUAAGAAUUUAGAUAAAAGGGAUCGACAACGAUCGAAUUCACGAAGUAGUGAAGAACGACGGCGCAGGUCUAAGGAUAAUAAAGAUAAUGUGGACGACAAGAAGAAAGAAUCUGAUGCUGAAAAGUUUAAAAGAAGGGCCGAACAAAUAUUAUUGCUAAAGAAGAAGAUGGAAUUGGAACUUUUAGAAAUGAAGAAACGAAAAGAGGAAGAAAAUAGAGCCAAACAGUUAUUAAUCGAAGAGAAACAGCGUAAGGCUAAAGAAGAGGCAGAAAUGUUGGAAAGAGCUAAGAAGAUUAAACGAGAUGCAAUUGAAAAGGAGAAACUUUUAAAGACCGUGAAAGUUUUGCAAGAAUUAGGGAAGAAAUCGAACAGUUCGUCUUCUGAGAGUUCUUCUGAUAGUGACUCUUCAAGUGAACCUUCUAGGCGUAAAUCCCGUCCAAGAAAUGUGAGAAGAGCGAGAUCCGGUAGCAGCCGUAGAAGCAGCAGGUCCAGCGGUUAUCACACACCCCCAAGGAAAAAUAGAAAAAUUUAAAGAAAACUUGUAAUUCUUAUAGUUUGAUUUACUUAAUUACGGUCAUAUGUAUUCCCUGAUGACAAAUAAAUUUAUCUUAGUGGAAAA